AUGAGUGAUCAGCAGCAGUCGUUGGCUGCAUUUCGUGGCUGCUUCCUCCCACGGGAGUCCCCCCACCCCGAUUUCCAGAACCCCCCUGGAAUUGAGCCCCAGCGCGCACUGCCACUUGCAAAGGACGGAGAAGGCGCGCGGGUGGGGGAGACGGGGGACCGUUUCCUGCUUUCUCCGGGAAAACCUCCGCCUCGGAGGCGGGUCGGAGAGGCGGGGCUGCCUCCUGGGAGAAAGGCCGGCAGGGCCCAGCGGUCAAAAGCGGGGGGCGAUGGCGAGAGCAGGCGGAUCGGCGGGGCUGCGCUGGUGCUUGCGCGCCAGGGGCGCUUUGCGGGUGGAGAGCUGCAGUGCCCUCCCAGGAGGAAUGCUUUUGGCCAAGAACCACUGGGUCUCACCUCUCUUAGUGGCUUCCUGCAUCACCGAAGGGCCUAUCGGGCAGCUGUUUGCACUGAGCUGACAAAGCCAUUGGUUGUAAGGGAUGUCCCAUCUUCUCCUUUGGAGCCUCAUGAGGUCAGAGUUCAUGUUCGUUACUGUGGGGUAAAUUUUGCAGAUAUACUGGCUUGUCAGGGUCUUUACCAAGAAAAACAUUCCCUCCCAUUCAUCCCAGGAAUGGAAUUUUCAGGGGAUGUGAUGGAGACUGGAGUGGAUGUCAGCAGCGUAAAGGAGGGGGACCAUGUAAUUGGCGUGGCCAACACCAAAGCUCUGGCUGAGGAGUAUGUUGCUGAUCAAAAGUUGCUCUGGACAAUCCCACAGGGAGUUCCUUAUGAAGAGGCUGCAACGUUGCCCGUCUCUUAUGGGACAGCCAUCUUGGCCCUUGAACACAGAGCAUGCACACGGGCAGGGGAGACAGUGUUGGUGACAGCAGCAGCUGGUGCUACAGGACUUGCCACUGUUGAUGUUGCAAGCAAUGUCCUUAAGGCAAAGGUAAUAGCGGCAGCAGGAAGUGACCGGAAAUGCAAGCUGGCUCUCCAGAAGGGGGCUAUCCAGAGUAUCAAUUACGGCUGGGCUGGCCUGAGAGAGGAAGUGAAAAAGCUCACAGCCAAUAAGGGAGUUGACGUGGCCAUUGACACCAUUGGUGGAGACAUUUUCAAGGAUGCGUUGCACAGCCUGGGUUGGGAAGGCAGGAUCGUGGUGAUUGGUUUUGCUGGGGGAACUAUCCCUUCUAUCCCAGCCAACCUGCUGCUUCUGAAGAACAUCUCUGCCCUGGGACUGUUCUGGGGCCGGUACAGGAACCAGGAUUUCCCAGUCUUUUCCUCUGCACUCUCUUCAGCUCUCCAGUAUUGUCAAGAGGGACGUAUCCGACCUCAUGUAGGAGCAGUGUUCAAACUGGAGGAGAUAAAUGAAGCCUUUGCACAUGUGACUCAGCGUAAAUCUACGGGAAAGGUUUUAAUCUCAGUUAGUUAAGCCUGGUUUUGUGUGUGUGUG